UACCAGAAGAAGGUGAUGCGUGGCUGGACAGACAAACAGAAGCAGCUGGACCAGAGACGAAAGCAGUGCCUACGGUCUAUGACACAGUUCUUUAGCCAGCUUGAAAGGGCAUUUAAAGUAAAUCUUAGCCAGCCCAUGCCCUCAGUUCCCAGCGUUAAGAAGAUACCUGAGUUUACCAAACUUCAACGGCCAGUCUUGGAGUUAUUAAUUGAUGACAGCAAAAGAUCCGACCUUUUCAAAACACUCCGACAAGCUCCGGUGGAGGCCGUGUGGAACUCGGAGCUGUCUACGUCAAGCUACCCAAUAAUAGAGAAGGCACCCAUGAGUGUACUCUGGGCCCAGCUGGGUGGGUACCCAGAUAUUCCCAAGAUGCUGCAGUUAGAUAUUCAGUCAACCCUCAGAAAAUCUCUUGCUUCCAUCCGGUCACAGUAUUUUGGUCACGAUCUCAGAAAGUAACCAACUAGAACAAUCUCUGGGACAAGAGACACAAAAUCUCAAGGAACAUCUGCCUUAUGUCUACAGCCAGCUUCUGACCCAAGACAGACUUGGUGAAACCUGCAUGGUUUUUCCAGUUAGAAAGACUCAAGAAAGUUCAGCUUUUUUCUCCUCUCCCCUCCUCUCCCCUCCUCUCCCCUUCUCUCCCCUCCUCUCCCCUCC